AUGCAAAGUGCUAAGCUAUUGGCGAACUACCUGAGCCCAGAUCAGCUUAAUCAGCUUGCUGCUGACCUUUCCAAGAACUUGACAGAUGCUGACUCUGUGAAUGCCUUACUGGAGGUUAUUGACCUUAUUGACCAAGAGACUCUAUCUCAAAUAUCACCACUGAUUAGAGAUCAAUGCCAAAGAUUCGUGCUAGAGAACAAUGAAGAUGGUCAAAUAUUUUUGCUUUUACUAAAAUUGCCAAAUGUUUCUCAGCAAGUUAUGAAAUGGAUAGCUACAGCAAUCGUUUCUCUUAUUAAAAUGAGACUCAAUUUUCUAUGUAAUGCUGCCGCUGUUGAAGUGUUCAGAAAUCAUAUUGAGCCUCAAAUAGAUGAAGAGAUGAUGCAUUUAGAAGAAGAAUCACUGGUAAAUAUACUGCAAUCCUUGGAUAAACUUCUUUCCUUGAAAGUUGGAGGUGUUUCUGCCAGUCUUGAUAUGCUGAUUUGUUUCUUAUUGACAAUUCAAGAUGCUUCCAUAUCAACCAAAGCUACCAAAUUAUUAAGAUGGAGGGACUCUUCUGUGCCAGAGCCAGAAACAUUCAUCUGGGAUUUAAUACCUUGUUUGAUGGAAUCAGGAGACAAUAUUCACAUUUCCAAUGGUUACAUACUAUGGUUGAGAUACCUUACAAACUUUUCCUCCAAACAGCUAACGAGUGAAAUUUUAAACCACAAACUACAAAAAGGACAGUACUGGAGAUAUAUACAAAAUGGUAUGGGAAGUACUGUUCAUGAGCAUAGAAAAUACUGCCUUUCAAUCUUGAAAUUAUCAAUCCAACAACUGGAUAUAGAUGUUGAUAAUGAAUUUAUGUAUUAUAACAAGGAGUCAUCUUCUCAAAUAUUGGAGGAAUGGAAGAAAUAUUGUACCUUGUUUGAAAUCGUUGGUAUUGAUACUGCUUUAAAUCAAGCUGAAGCUGCAAAGAGUGAUAUUCAUCAAUUGUUGUCACCUGAUUCUUUUGUCAAAUCUAGCUGGGGUAUGGUGUUAUUAUCUACUGGGUUCAAAGGGUCAAUGGAAUCUGUUAGAAAAUUUUCAUUGAAUAUAAUGCUAUCCUGUUCAGUGGACCGUUUGCCUAUUUAUGCUCAUGAGUACUUGACCUCUGUGUUUUUAAGAUAUGCAGUUGAGGCCCCACAUUUUUUAGUGAAAAAGACAAACAAUAAAUUAAUUUGCGAAUAUGGAUUGAGACUUGAAAACUUCAUCAUCAGUUUGCUGAAAUCAUUAAGAAAUUCAGAUAAAUUUGAACAAGUUGUGUCCCAAUUGCUCGACCUUUUAGUUGAUUUGACCUCUAUUUUUGCCCCAGCAAGACUUUAUUUGUCAUUAGGUUUACUUAAAGGUUUGAAGGGGAAACAAAUAUUGGACCAAUCACAAGUUCAAAAAAUCUAUAGAUUGUUUGAUUCAAUGGCAGAAGAUGAAGUUUUUGAGAAAUCUUUACAGACCAUCCAUUUGAAAAUGCUGUGCCAUCUCAAACGAGAUACUGGGCUUUUAUUAGAAUCAUUAACCAAGUUUAUUCAAUACAAUGGUUAUGAAUUGUUUGGUGAGCAUUUUGACGUGUUUUUGGAUUAUGUUGCUACCUUUCAUGACGGGUCAGACUUUAAUUAUACUGGUAGGGAGCUAGAAUAUCAAAUUGUUACUUCCAUUCUUUUGAACAAAUUCACUUUGUCGAAUGAGUUUUUGCUUGAACUUGCAUAUUCAAAAGUGGACCAUACACAUUCUUUCUCCAAAGAAUAUAGUGUCUUGCUAACAUCAUUGGUGAAUACUUCAGUUGAUAGCUAUGAAAAGGCAACAUCAUUGAUUAACCUAGAGAUUUCCAAGAAUAGCUGGAGAAAUCUUGAUCUUUCAAAGCUUUAUGAUUCUCUCUUUACACCAUUUGAUCUUGAAAAGUUUGAAUUUUUUGUCAAUUUAUAUGCCAAAUCAGCUGAAUCAUCAGAUGUUUCAUUAUUCAAUUUCAAAGAUCUGUUAAAAGUUCACAAAGAUUUGAAAAACCUCAGCUAUGAUUAUAAGAGAAAAGAUGCUAUCAGUGCCGGCUUCUUUGAUCUAACUCUCGCAUUCAUCAAAAUGACCCCAUUGGCCGAACAAGAAGUUGAUGAACUUCUCGAGUUAUUAGAUCAAGAGGCAUCAAGUGCUUAUUAUUUGACCAAUAUAUCAAUAUGUAACACCUUGCAAUACUUGUUGAAAAAUUAUGACUUCGAUUUUAUUAACGGGAUUGAAAUUUUAGAAAAGAUAUGGGAACAAAUCACUUCAGAAAGAUUGGUUUUGAAUCAAAAACUGAUGCAUUUGAAGUUUAUUGAAACACUAUUUGAUGAAAAAUUGUUGAAAGAUUCAAUCAAUAAUGAAUAUAAUGCAAAAAUCAUUCAAAGAAUUGGAUUAGAGAUUAUUGAUCAAUCAUUCACUAGAAGAUCAUUCUUGCCAACUUUGACUUCAAAAAUUAUGAAUUAUCAAAAAGGAUAUUCUGCUGAAUUCAAUCAAACAUUCUGGUUAAUUGAAGUGUUGGUUAAAAGUUUCAGUUUGGUUCAAGAUGAGAGUAAUUUGUUCAGACUCAAACCAGUUUUGGCAAAGAUCUAUGAUGAUGAGCUAAAAUUUCACGGAGAUUUAUAUGAAGAAGUUUUUGGACCGGAUGAAGUCUCUGCAAAGAUCAAUGUCAUCAGUAUACUUGUGACAAGCUCUGUCGAGUUCACUAAUGAAUUCUUUCAAAACUUGAUUCAAGAUGAUAAAUAUUCAUUGCUAACACCAAAUAAAAAGGCUAAUGGCACAGAAGAACGUCAAAGAAUCUCAUCAUUCGCUCUUUUGCUAUUGGUAUCACGUCAAAUUGAUCCAGAACGUUUAUCAAAUAUUGUGGCCAAGUAUUUAUUACCGUCAUUAGUAGAAGAAUCAAGUCCACUAGUUAGAUCUUACAUUGAAUGGAUAGUUAGCAUUGAUAUGAUCAAUAGUGAUGUGAAUAGAGAAGCUUUAUUUGGUUACUUUAAAGAUCAGUCUAAACCAGCACUAGUCACUUCUGUUGAAAGAAUUGCAUUCAUGACUGCACAGAAAUUGCCAUCACCAGAAAAUGUUUCAUAUUUUGACAGGUUUACUCAAUUUUUAAUCCCAAAUUGUACUUCAAACAAACCAUUGAUUAGACAUUUUUCAAAUUCAUUAAUAUUGUCUGUGUUUCCAGAAUUGAUAUCUAAAAAGAUAGAAUUGCCUGUGCAUAGUGUACUGGAAGCACUUUAUAUUGAAGCUAAAAAAUCAGAAGUUACUGGUCAGUAUAGAAGUGGUGAUGCUUUGAUAUGGGAUGUUGAAGAUGAUUUCACUUUAACAUCAAUAUUUGGUGGUGUUUUAUCCAAGAUCUCACCCAGGGAAGUUGAUGCUAUAUCGCAGGCUGAAUUUGAAAAAUAUUACCAAAAUGAAGCUGGAAAAGUUGAAGUUGGUUCAGAUUACCGUUCGAAUUGGAAAGCCUCAACUGAAGACCAACUUUCCACAAGCUCUAACGUCAAUUCACCUUUACAAACCAAAAGUGGAGCUUGGGAAUCAGUUAUUGAUCUCGACGAAAAUACCAGAAGUAUCAAGAGAAGCGAGUUGAUUGUUGUUAGUUCUUUGGUUGAUAAGCCUCCUAAUCUAGGUGGUAUUUGCAGAUUAUGUGAUGUUUUAGGUGCUGGGUUGAUGACUGUUGAUGAUUUAAGAGUCAAGAAACAUCCACAGUUCAAGAAUGUCGCUGUGACUGCUGAUUACUGGAUGCCUAUCACAGAAGUUCAGAUCAAGGAUAUCCCAAAGUUCAUGAAGUCAAAGAAAAGGGAGGGCUACACAUUGAUUGGGUUAGAACAAACAGAUCAAAGUAUUGUCCUUGGUAAAGAUACUGAAUUUCCAUCCAAAUCUUUGAUUCUAUUGGGAAGAGAAGCCGAAGGUAUUCCUGGAGAACUGCUUGCUGAGUUGGACUACUGCAUUGAAAUCAGACAAAUGGGAGUCAUCAGAUCCAUGAACAUCCAGACUGCGACUGCUGUGAUUGUACACGCUUAUUCCUCGUCUCAAGCAUCAAAAUAA